AUGAAAGAGCCAAGCCCCAUCCCCAUCUCUCAGAAGACCGCGCGAGACAAAGUCCAAGUCCGCAUCGUCGAAGUCUCCCCGCGCGACGGCCUCCAAAACAUCCCGUCCUUCAUCCCAACACAGACGAAAAUCGAGCUCAUACGGCGCUUAGCGGAGACAGGACUGCAGACGAUUGAGAUCGCUUCUGUUGUCUCGCCGAGGGCUGUGCCGCAGUUGCGGGAUUGGAGGGGGAUUCUGGGGGAUGGACGGAUCAAGGCGUUGUUGGGGGCUGGAGAUGGCGAUGGCGAUGGCGGGAUAGAGUCAGACUCAGCAUCUGCUUCAUCCGGCUCAACUAUAUCAUCAUAUGAUUCCGACUUCAACUCCGACCCUGAGACCGAGACCGAGACCGAGAACGAGUCCGGGUCCGAGGGCAAAAGCAAGAAAGAACUAACCCUCCCCAUCCUCCUCCCCAACCCCAAAGGCCUAACCCUUGCGCUCACGCACACCCCCUCCCUAAACGCCAUAUCGCUCUUCAUCUCCCCAACCGAACCCUUCAGCAAAACCAACACAAACUGCAGCGUCUCCGAAGCCCUCACGCGCGCCUCAGCCAUAACCCACGCCGCGCGAAAAGCCGGCGUGGAACACCUAAGAGCCUACAUAUCCUGCAUCUUCUCCGACCCGAUAACGCACUGUCCAACACCCCUCCGCUCAGUCCUGCACUGCACGCAACACCUCCUAUCCCUCGGCAUCGACGAGAUCGCCCUAAGCGACACCGACGGAUCCGGAUCACCGGGCCUGACAACAUCGCUCUUAUCGUACCUGACAUCUCACGGAAUCCCAGUGGGAAAGCUAGCGUGCCAUUUCCACGAUACGCGUGGCGCCGCGGUGCAGAAUGUCUGGGCGGCGUUUGAGGCGGGCGUAAGGGUGUUUGAUGGCAGUGUUGGUGGGUUGGGAGGGUGUCCGUUUGCGCCGGGGGCGAAGGGGAAUGUGGAUACUUGCGCUUUGGUACGGCUUUUUGAGGGGAGGGGUAUUGGGACCGGGGUUGAUGGGGAGAUGUUAGCUGAGGUGGGAGGGUGGGUUAGGGGGGUUUUGGGGGGGUAUAUGGAUGGAGAUUCUGAUGGUAACGAGGAGAGUGGGUGUGUUGCUGGGAAGGAAGGCGAAGACGGCGAGGGGAAGAGCACAGCCCAAGAAAGCGACGAGAAGCAUGGGGAUAUGACUACGACUACGAUUGGUAGGCGGACCAUGCAUGUGGCCACUCUUACUACUGCAAGAACAGGAGGACAUUGCUGGGCCUUCUCGCGGUCUCUUGGUAUUGAGGGGUGA